AAAGAUGUUUCUCCUCUGAAAAGAUGAAGAACUGAGCUGAUUCUCCUGAAAUUCAAACCUGUUGACCUCGGGUGUGCUGAUGCAGAGACCAAAUUCCAGGAAGGGACCAUGGAUCAGCCCAGCGGGAGAAGUUUCAUGCAAGUUCUCUGUGAGAAAUACAGCCCUGAAAAUUUCCCGUAUCGUCGAGGUCCCGGGAUGGGAGUGCAUGUCCCUGCCACACCUCAGGGUUCACCUAUGAAAGAUCGUCUCAACCUCCCAAGUGUGCUGGUGUUGAACAGCUGUGGAAUUACCUGCGCUGGGGACGAGAAUGAGAUUGCUGCCUUCUGCGCUCAUGUGUCCGAACUGGAUCUGUCUGACAAUAAACUAGAAGACUGGCAUGAGGUCAGUAAAAUUGUGUCAAAUGUUCCUCACCUGGAGUUUCUAAACCUCAGUUCCAAUCCUCUGAAUUUGUCGGUUUUAGAAAGGACAUGUGCUGGGUCUUUUGCUGGCGUUCGCAAACUCGUGCUCAACAACAGCAAAGCUUCCUGGGAAACAGUCCACGCAAUACUGCAAGAAUUACCAGACUUGGAGGAACUCUUUCUGUGCCUUAACGACUAUAAAACAGUGUCUUGUUCUCCGGUGUGUUGUCACUCUCUCAAGUUGCUCCACAUAACCGACAAUGAUCUCAAAGACUGGCCUGAGAUCAGGAAACUGGGGGUCAUGUUUCCAUCGCUGGACACACUUGUCUUGGCCAACAACUACCUGACCACCAUCGAGGACUCGGAAGAUUCUCUCAAACACCUGUUCCCAAACUUGCGAUCCAUCAGCCUGCACAAGUCAGGUCUGCAAAGCUGGGAAGACAUCGACAAGCUCAAUUCUUUCCCCAGGCUCGAGGAAGUCCGGUUGUUGGGCAUUCCUCUCCUCCAGCCCUACACCAAUGAAGAGCGCAGGAAGCUCGUCAUUGCCAGAUUACCAUCAAUCACUAAACUGAAUGGGAGCGUCAUUACGGAAGGAGAACGGGAGGACUCGGACCGGUUUUUCAUCCGUUACUACAUGGACUUUCCACAGGAAGAGGUCCCUUUCAGGUAUCACGAGCUGGUCACAAAAUACGGGAAGCUGGAAAAACUGGCUGUGGUAGAUCUUCGGCCUCGGAGCAGAGCCAAGGUGGAGGUCCACUUCAAAGACCAAGUGGAGGAGAUGACCGUUCGUCUGGAUCAGACGGUAGCAGAACUCAAGAAACAGUUGAAAGCGCUGGUCCAGUUGCCGACCAGCAGCAUGCUCGUUACCCACUGUGACCACGAAGCUCCCUUUGGGCCCGAAGAGAUGAAGUACAACUCCCGGGCGCUGCAUUCAUACGGCAUUCGGGACGGAGAUAUCAUUUACGUGGACUCCAAAGCCAAAUAACCAGCUCUCGCAUUC